AUGAAGUCUGUGUAUGCCUCUGAGACGAUCUCUAUCCCUGAGGGAGUGACGGUUGACGUCAAGUCGCGGAUGGUCACUGUCAAGGGCAAGUAUGGCGAAAUCAGCCGCGCGUUCCGCCACCUGCCGGUGGACAUCCAGAAGACCAAGUCUGGCAACCGCCUGAAGGUCGAGAUGUGGUACGGAACUCGCACAGACCUCAGCUGCAUCCGCACGCUGUGCUCGCACAUCAAGAACAUGUUCACUGGCGUGACGAAGAAGUUCCAGUACAAGAUGCGCUUCGUGUAUGCUCACUUUCCCAUCAACGUGAACAUCCAGAACAACGGAACUGUCGUCGAAAUCCGUAACUUCUUGGGCGAGAAGCGCGUCCGCGUUGUCAAGAUGCUCCCCGGCGUGAAGUGCGAAAAGGCCACCAAUGUCAAGGACGAAAUCGCGCUCACAGGCACUGACCUUGAACGCGUCUCCCGAUCAGCGGCCUUGAUCCACCAGUCCACCUUGGUGCGAAGAAAGGAUAUUCGUAAAUUCUUGGACGGUAUCUACGUGUCCGAGACUAGCAUCGUUGAGCAGGACGCUUAA